AUGGAAGAUCAUAAUAAUAAUAAUUUUUUAGGCGACUUAACCGACAUCAUCAGAGCUAGCGGCGCUUCUCCUCCCGACAAGUGGCAGUUUCCGACAAGCAAUCAAACCGAAAUCCACCAGAACGAGCCGGGCCGCGAUGAUUUUGGCGACCCGUUUACCCAUUUCGAAGACCUGUUGCUCCACGAGUCCGAGACCCGAGCCAUGCCAGGGUUUUUCCCUGACAAGCUCGGGUUUUUGGAUGAUAGUAUAAGUACAUUAGGGUUUGCUUCUUCUGUUGUUACUGUUGCUGUUGAUGUUGCUGGUCUAAAUAAUAAUAAUAAUAUUAUUAUUAGUAAUAAUAAUAAUGAUGAAAAUAAGAUUAUUAGUAAUAUGAAUAUUGGUCAAGGGAUUAGUCUUGAUGAGGAGGAGAUGAAAAGACCUAAUUGUUAUUUUUCGAGGAUGAUUCAGAUAUCUCCGGCUGGUACGUUGCCGUGUGAGUCGCCGGCGGCGGGUUUGGAUUGCCGGAAUUCGGUAGCUUCGAAAAAUGCAGCUCAUAUGCAGAUCUCGUCUCCACGAAAUACUGGCAUCAAAAGAAGGAAGAGUCAGGUGAAAAAAGUGGUAUGCGUACCAGCGCCAACUCCUGUAAAUAGCAGGCCCAGUGGGGAAAUUGUGCCCUCCGAUCUUUGGGCUUGGAGAAAGUACGGUCAGAAGCCCAUUAAAGGUUCCCCUUACCCAAGGUAA